CUGCCCGAUAAUCUUUCGCGUCACGCACUUGGAGACUGCAUCCUCACAGAAGGAUCCACGCCCUCUCUUCUUAAGCCAAUUUCACAUUUUCAACUAUCGAUUCGGGUCAAACAUGGAUCGGCAAUCACCGGAGAAACUAAUACUCGUGAACCGCCACCCAAACGGCGUCGCACUGAUCACGAUCAAUCGUCCGGGUUCUCUAAACUCGCUGACCCGGCCCAUGAUGGUGGACCUGGCGCAGGCGUUCAAGAAACUGGACCGGGACGAUUCGGUGCGGGUCAUCAUAUUGACCGGGUCGGGCCGGUCAUUCUGUUCAGGCGUGGAUCUCACAGCGGCGGAGGACGUGUUCAAGGGCGACGUGAAGGAUCCGGAGAGCGACCCCGUGGUGCAAAUGGAGCUCUGCCGCAAACCGAUAAUCGGAGCCAUAAGAGGAUUCGCCGUCACCGCUGGGUUCGAAAUUGCCCUCGCCUGUGACAUUUUGGUCGCUGCCAAGGGAUCUAAGUUCAUUGACACUCACGCUAGGUUCGGGAUAUUUCCCUCGUGGGGUUUGUCUCAGAAGCUUUCGCGCAUCAUUGGGGUCAACAAAGCGCGCGAGGUUUCUCUCACGGCCUCACCUUUGACCGCUGAGGUGGCUGAAAAGCUGGGUUUCGUUAACCAUGUGGUUGAAGAUAGUGAAUUGUUGAAGAAAAGCAGGGAAAUUGCAGAUGCUAUUGUCAAAAACAACGAAGAUUUGGUGUUGAGGUACAAGGCGGUCAUCAAUGAUGGCAUCAAACUUGAUCUUGGCCGUGCACUUUCCCUUGAAAAGGAGAGGGCUCAUGAUUAUUAUAACGGAAUGACGAAGGAGCAAUUCAGAAAGAUGCAGGAAUUCAUAGCUGGUCGAAGUUCCAAGAAACAGUCCAAAUUGUAGUAGGUUCUUUAUUUGUGCUGUAAUUGUACAUGACUUUUCUUUUUAUGGGCAAAGUUCACACACUGGCCUAAUCUUGAUAACCAAGAACUAGUUUGUUUGGGACGAUACUUUACUGGUCCACAAAUUCGAGGUUUUACUUUUACUGGGAACUUCGGUUUUUAGUUACGAAUUAUGUAAAUGGUGGAGUUCCUUCCUUGUUUUAAAAAUAAAUGGUACAAAUUAUUUCUGUA